CAUACAUUAUACAUUUCCGGUACCUGAAGACUGCAUACCGACCGUGAUCAUGGAAACCAAGAAACUGUGUUGACCGAGUUUUGUUCAAGCCUAUGUUGCAGAACACUCUUGAAUACUGUUGAGCGCACGUCGUUCGUUGAAUUUCUUAAAGCUUUAUCUGGUUUAACAGGAAUAGACUAGCACUUUCUAGGCCAUUCACCUCGGUUGCUUAGUAGAGUAUUAACCACCGUGCCUGCUGAGGUGCAAAUUAAUGAGGGAUCAUGGGCAAGACAAUUGGCCGGCGUAUGGUGGACAUCGGGCAAAAAGCUCGUGGGCGCAUGGCGUUGCGCUACGAGUUGGAAGUGAUACCAUACUUAUGCGGCGACCUCCCUGAUGGAGUCACGCAUUGCUCUUUUGCCUGGGAGCGUGGCUCAAAAUUGUUCGUCACAGAAGCAGAACCUGUUAACCCGAAUACGCAUGCGGUAUUCUGGAAGCAAUAUUUGCGGCAGACCGCCACCAUGUACAAGGACCACCAGGAGCUUCUGCCUAAGGACUACACGUUCAAAGUGCAGUCCGUGAAGCUGGGCUCCAAGCCGGGCGACGAGAAGCGCAAGACGGUGGGCAAGGUGCACGUUAACAUGGCGCAGUUUUGCUCGGAGGCACUGGACGCGCAGCCGCAGGAGAUACUGCUGCACCUCAAGCCCAGCGGCAAGCUCAAGGUGUCCAUCAAGGCCACCUGGCUCAGCCACGCCACGCUGGACGCGGACGCCAUGACGGAGGUGACGGCGCCCUCCAUGUACGCGGACAGCCACUACGAGGAGGAGGAGGAUGAAGAGGAGGGCGGCGCGCGGAAGCGGGAGGAGCAGGACCUGUCUGGCUUCGACCCUGAGACAGGCGAGCCGCUUCCCGCGCACAGUCGCCACGUGGCCGGUGCCAGCUGCAGCGGGGCUGGAGAGGAGUACGACGAGGAGGGCAACCCGCUGCCGGGGCGGAGGAACCGGAAGCAGCGGAGGAGGAGUCGCCGCGCGCGGUCACAGGGCGAGAGCGGCAUACCCGAGGACGCGGAGUCGGCGUACGGAGGCGAGAAUGGGGAAGAGGGGACACGCGACUACGGGGACCCUGGAGGAGAGGAGGGAGGCGGGGGGCGGGAGGCCGGGGACGACCACCAUGGUGGCGAGGGACGAGGUCGGCGAGGGCGAGCCGGCUCCAGGGCAGGAAAGGGGGAGGGCCGGUCUCGGUUGCAAGUGUACGGCGCUACCGAUAGGACUGCCCCAAUGGAAGGUGGCGGCACCAGCGGUGGCGUUCUGCGUUUGGAGGUGGGUCGCCAGGUUUUCCGGCCCGGCUGGCGGGAUUACCUGUGCUGCUGCCUGCCGCGGCACGGACCGCCGGAGGACCCGCUGGAGGCGGACAGCCUGCUGGCCGCGCAACAGCAGCAGCAGCAAGGCAAGGCGCCCAGCAGCAACGGGGACGGGAGGGCGCCGCCGGCGAGGAGGCGGUAGGGGAACGCGUGUGCAUACGUCUAGACAUGCGCAUGGGCCGCGGUUAUGUGUUUGGGCCGGUAUGUAUCCUGGCUGUUCGCACCAUCGUUAGGGAGCGUGGAUGAGUUUUCUGGACUUGUCGUACCGGGAUGCAAUCCUUGCGGUAUCGGACGCAGACGACUGUGAGCUUAGACUGCUUCGAAAAGCGCAAAUGAACUAGAAUUGCUUGCGCACUUCGGAAGACUGUUGCAGCAAUGCUAACGGUGGCAUUCUUUCGAUAGGUUGGGCGUGUCUCAGAAAAAAGUGUACUGUGCAUUGGCUGCCUUUGCCAGGAUGCGGAGUAAGUUAAACAGAUCGACCAGCCCGACAAUUAAUGGUCUGUCGGCAUGAGGCGGCCCAGACCAGCAUACAGCCAUUAUCCUAGCAGGUUAAGCAACCAACGUUGGAGUCCGAUGAUGUAACAUGUGGAGGUUUCA